AUGAUUAAAGCAUUAAGUACUAGAUUUAUCAAUCUUAAGACCGUUUCCACAAUCAUUGGAAUAACAAGUUUAACAAGUUCAUUAUAUUUUUAUAAUAAAUCAACGUUAGCUAUUCAAAAUGAUUCAAAUCAACUUAAGCCAUUAUUCCCAAAUUAUAUAUUUGGAACUAAACUAAAAUUAAAAGAAAUUAUUCAAGAUACUCAUGAUACAAAAAUUUUAAAAUUUCAAAUUCCUGAUGGGUAUAAUUUAGGUUUAAGUCCAGGUCAACCAAUUUUAUUAUCAUUAAGAGAUAAACAAACUGGGUCUUUAAAAAUCAAACCAUACUCACCAUUAAUAGGUCCAGAAGACAAUCAAGAUACAUUACAAUUUGCUAUAAAAUUAUUUAAUGAAAAUGGAACAAGUGGUGCAUUACAUAAAUUAGAGAUUGGUGAUGAAAUUAAAUUUAGAGGUCCAUUACCAAUAAAUAAUUUUAAAUUUAAACCAGAAGAGAAGGUUAAUUUCAUUGCUGGUGGUUGUGGUAUCACACCAAUUUAUUCAAUGAUAUCAAAAUUAUUGGAACAAGGACAAAAUGAAAUUAAAUUAAUUUAUUCAAGUUCACAUGCAAAUGAAAUUAUAUUGAAAUCAAAAAUUGAUGAAUUGAAAUCCAAGUAUGGUGAUAAAUUUCAUGUAAUUUAUUUAUCAAAUAAUGGUUAUCAGCAAGAUGUAUUGAAAAGUAAGAUUAAUUAUGAAUUUUUAUCUCAAAAUUUAUUUCAAAAUUCAAAUUUAAUAGUUUGUGGAUCAAAGGGGUUAACAACAGAUAUAAAGAAUAAGUAUUUAAAUAAAUCAUUAAAUAAUAAGUUAUAUAUUUUAUAA